AUGCCGAUGUCAGCUCAGGGACCGCGCAAGCGCGGAUUCUCAAUCUAUCAGGAUAAUCAUAGCGAUAACGUUACCAGCUCAAGCUCGAGAAAUAAAUUGCGACCUUUACGAGAAAAAAAUUGCAACAUCUCAUCAUUACUUAGUGCAUCCAAGAGUAUGAAAUCAGAAGUAAGUAAAAGUCACAAUCCUUCAAAGAGGGCUAAUACACCACUUUUAUCCGCAUUCCCUCGAGAGAUCAAGUUGCUGCCUUCAAGAAUUACUGAGAAAGAGCCAAAUAAAAACAAGGUACACCUGAGUACUUUUCUUAGUGAUUAUGCAGUCGUAAAGCACCUCAAAGAAUCUAACCAUUUGGACCCAAAGGAAAGGCCAUAUCACGUGCGACAUAUUCCUCAGAUAUUGAAUACGAGUGCAAAUGAUCCGUCAUCUUUGGUUACGGCACUUUCAGUAGCAUUAUCCAAUCUCAGUACCAGGCUUCAGGUUUCUAAAUUAGAUAAGCAGUUCAAUGAGUUGAUUGAAGUGGAUCAAUUGAGUUUAUUAUCUCCGCACGAAAUUAAGGUCAGAACGAAACAAUCGGACGAUGAAGAUUCAAUGUUGCUUAUACUGCAUAGUAUGGAACCUUUGCGAGAAUCAAAUUUAGCAAGAUUUUUGAAAUCAAGAUUGGCUGUAAAUUCAGAAUGCUAUUUAAAAAUAUGCAAUAUUACAUGGUGUUUAUGUUGGAAAUUCUUUUAA